UUUCCGGAGAGUUCCAGUCACGUUCGCGUGAAAGAAACUGAACUCUUGAACUGAUUCUAUGGAAUAUAUGCUAAUUAUUUAUUUGUUUAAAUAACAUUUUUAUUCUCAGAAGUUAACAAAUUGUGGAAAUAUAAGUCAUUUAGCGAAUAAUUCUGUAUCAGAAUGAACAUGGAAGAAUACAGUGAAGAGGAUAAAAUAAUUUGAAUCUAUAAAUAAAAAUCAUAAUGCCUAUGGAUACACCCACUAUACCCAAUUUACCCAUUAGGGAUUUGGGAUCAUUUGCCAAUGCACAUGUGCCCAGUGAUGCUGACAUAAAAGACCACAGACAUCAAGAAACAGUAUACAUUGGAUUACAGUUACCUAAACAUCAUCAUGGGAUGCGACGUAGACGUCACCACAAACAUAAAAAGACAGGUGUUGAGAGAAUUAAGGCUGAGGAAACUGACAACAGCUCCACCACACCUCCUCGUAUGAGAAUUCAGUACCUACUUGGAGAAGAUGAUGAUGAUGAACAUACCUCCCAUGAAUUGUUUUGUGAAUUAGAAGAACUUAUAACUGUGGAUGGGAAGGAACCACAGUGGAAAGAAACUGCUAGGUGGAUUAAGUUUGAAGAAGAUGUGGAAGAAGGUGGAGAGAGGUGGUCAAAGCCACAUGUUGCCACCUUAUCAUUACACUCUUUGUUUGAGUUACGGUGUGGCCUCAUGAACGGAACAGUGAUGUUAGACUGUGAAGCUAAUGACAUUCACUUCGUUUUUGACAUGCUGGUUGAUAACCUUAUUGCAGCCAAGCAGCUGGAAGAAAAUUUGAAAGAUAAAGUACUUGACACAUUGUAUCUACGACAUCACCAUCAGUAUCAGAAAAAACACCACGAGGACGGCAAUAGUGGUCGAUUCCAUUUACCUAUCAUACGAUCACUUGCUGACAUUGGCAAAAAGUUUUCUGCACCAGCAUUGCAUAAUAAUGGACGUCUGAAAAAUUCCCAAAUUCCCAAAUCCCAGACUGCUGUUAGACUUGACAAAUACAAAGCAAAUAGUUUGUCCACUGCCAAAACAACUCCAAAUUUUGGACGUGCUCAGAGCAGCCAUAGGUUGGAGGCUUCAGGGACUUUACAAGGCUCGUUGGCCCCAAGUGAAGAUGAUUCAGAGGGCCCUUCAUCAACUGGAAAGUUAAAUCUACACUUCAUGAAGAAAAUUCCGCCAGGUGCAGAGGCAGCCAACAUCCUUGUUGGAGAAGUUGACUUUCUAACCAAUCACCAAAUUGUGGCGUUUAUACGAUUGUUGAAGCCUGUGAUGGCUGAUUUAACAGAAGUACCAGUUCCUACAAAGUUUCUAUUUGUAUUACUUGGUCCUAUGGGCAAUUCAACUCAUUACCAUGAAAUAGGCAGAUCUAUUGCCACUCUCUUCUCUGACGAGGUUUUCCGUGAUGUAGCUUACCAUGCUCACAACAGAGAGGAUUUGCUGACAGGAAUUGAUGAGUUUCUGGAUCAGGUUACAGUGCUGCCACCUGGUGAAUGGGAUCCUACAAUCAGAAUAGAACCACCAAAAAGUGUUCCAUCACAGGAUUCUCGUAGACAGCCUACUGGUUCCAACCUACCAAAUGGUAAACCUAUACCAGAGGAUCAAGUUGAAGGAGGAGAAAAUCAAGCUGAGACUUUACAAAGAACUGGAAGAUUAUUUGGUGGACUAAUUGCCGACAUCAAAAGAAAAGCUCCAUUUUAUAUCAGUGACUUCAAAGAUGCACUCCAUGUUCAAUGUGUUGCAUCAUUUAUAUUUUUAUACUUUGCUUGUUUAACACCUAUCAUUACUUUUGGUGGACUUUUGGGAGAUGCAACUGGCAAUAACAUGGCUGCGUUUGAGAGUUUGUUAGCUGGUUGUAUAGUUGGUGUUAUUUAUGCAUUAUGCUCCGGACAGCCAUUGACCAUCCUAGGUAGUACCGGGCCAGUUUUAGUGUUCGAAACAAUAUUAUAUGAUAUUUGCGAUGGCCAAAAAUGGGAUUACUUAGAAGUUCGCCUGUGGGUUGGAAUGUGGACUUUUAUCUGCCUGAUGAUCAUGGUGGUGUUUGACUUAAGUGCUUUGGUGCGGUAUAUCACCCGUUUUACUGAAGAAAGUUUUGCACUAUUGAUAGCGCUUAUCUUCAUAAAAGAAGCCAUUGCUAAAUUGAUCUCAAUCAGCCAUUCUCAUCCUGUAAAGUUGGGAACGAAGGAAAAUCCGUAUUACGAGUGUUGCUGUGAUCAACCUAGUAAUACCUCAGCUUUAAAUACAAAUGCAUCAAGUCCUAUGAAUGUGACAAUAGCUAAUAGUUCUUUCAUAAAUGCAUCAAGUCCUUUGAAUGUGACAAUAGCUAAUAAUUCUUUCAUAAUUGCAACGGAGGACCAGUGGCAUCUGAUGAAUUGUACAUAUUGUCUUGAGAUGGGAGGCGUGGUCAAAUUUGAAGGUUGUCAUGGUUUUGUUGAUCAUGUUCCAGACGUCUUUUUCUUGUCUAUACUUCUGUUCCUCGGAACAUUCUUCAUCGCCAAAAUCUUGAAGAGUCUUAGAUUCAGCAGGUUUUUCCCACACGGUGUGAGAUUGCUGAUAAGUGAUUUUGCAGUAAUUAUAGCUAUUGUGUCAAUGGUAUUGUUGGAUUUCCUCUUGGAAAUUGAUACACCAAAACUGGAAGUGCCAGAUGAUUUUCAGCCAACUAAUCCUGAUCGAAGUUGGGUGAUAAACCCGUUUGGGAAGAAUCCUAUUUAUACAUAUCCAUUAGCCAUUCUCCCAGCACUUUUGGCAACCAUUCUGAUUUUUAUGGAUCAGCAAAUUACAGCGGUCAUUGUUAAUAGAAAAGAAAAUAAGUUACUAAAAGGAAAUGGCUACCAUUUAGAUCUGUUGAUUGUGGCUACUCUUAUCUUAAUAAAUUCCUUCCUUGGAUUACCAUGGUUUGUGGCUGCAACUGUUUUGUCCAUAACUCACGUCAUGAGUUUGAAGAAAGAGUCAGAAUGUACAGCUCCCGGGGAGCAACCUAAGUUCCUUGGAUGCAGGGAGCAGCGUGUGACUGGUGUAUCCAUCUUCCUCUUCAUUGGACUCUCUGUUUUAAUGACGAAAUUUUUAAGGAUUAUACCUAUGCCUGUAUUAUAUGGAGUAUUUCUAUACAUGGGUGUGUCCUCCUUGAAAGGUAUGCAGCUGUGUCAUCGGGUGAUGAUAAUGUUUAUGCCACAGAAAUACCAGCCUGACUACAUGUUUCUGCGAUAUGUUAGGAUCAAAAGAGUUCACCUUUUUACCUUCAUACAGAUUAUGUGCUUAGCAUUAUUAUGGGUGGUCAAAACAAUCAAAGAGAUUUCCAUCAUAUUUCCUCUCAUGGUGUUAGCCAUGUGUUUUGUACGCAAGGGGAUGGACUGGAUAUUUACAAGAGAUGAAUUAGAAUGGUUAGAUGACAAUUUGCCUGAGGCUCAUCACCGAGACCAGGAAGAUGAAUUGAAGAAAAAAGAAGAAGAGGAAAAGGAAGCGGAAGAACUAUCAGAGGCUGCGACCAAAUUUAUGGACAACCAAGAUUCAUCAGGGCAUACACAAAUACCAAUAAUGAGUGGCAAUCUGGAGAAUAUACCAACAGAGGUCAUGUUUGGACCUAAUGAGGUCAACAUUUCAGAAGAAAUGUCAAAAACAGGAAUCUGGAAAAACUUGACAGCCAGUGAAUCAUCAGAAAAAAUUAAGUUCCGAAAAGGACUUGAUCAGCAAAGCAAAAAAACAAAGAGGAGAACAGAAAGAGAAUCGGAAGAACUUCCCACAAUUCCCAGUGGAAUGGAAGUUUUGUCACCUCAUAGGCCAUCUAAAGGAAAGAAAAAGCCAAAGAAAACCCAUUUUUACAUUGAUGAAGAAGAAACUGACCAUCUUCUUGACAAGGACAAGCCGAUAGAAAUCGUGAUAGAACCUCCAAGUAACUCUAGCUCCAUGAAUAAUAUAAGUGAUGAGAGAGUGUAAAGAGACUAACUAAUGGAUAUUCAUCAGUGAGGGACUUUCUCAUAUGUUAUGAUGCCAUUUCUAUGAGUUUUCUCAGAAAUGUAAAAAAUUAUUUUAGAUUAAGACAGUUGAAAGCAUUAUUUUUAUACGCCCGUUUACGGGACGUAUUAUUAAGAUUGUGGGUAUAUAUGUUGCAGCAUACUGACAAAACCUCUCAGGUUUUGCAUACAGUUACUUGUUUAAGUAUAUAAUUCUAUUAUUUAAUGAAUUAUUUAAUUGCAAUUAAAUAUAAAGUACAUUUACAAAUAGCAGGACAACUUUGAAAAGUCCAUUUGAACGAACUGUAAAUAAAUCUCCUUGGACCAUAUUAGCAAAACAUAUUUUUCCAAUUAAGACUCUUUUUUCCUCUGAAAACGAACUUAAAAAACCAGUAAUCGGGUUUAUCGAUUUUUUGUAAAUAUGGUUCUCGGGUAAAUGUAUAGAUAGGAAUGAUACUUUGCGAUUAUGUGUAGAAAAAUAAUUUGCGUGCUGUAUUUUUCAAUUAAUAGUGUUUUGAGUGGGUAAUGAUCAUUCAUUUAAUGUUAUACAUUUUCAUUAGCAAUUAGAUAAAUAGUCGAUAACCAUGUUAAAGAAUAAUUUAUUUUGACACAGUUUGCAUUAUAUUUGUAUGAAUUAAGCCAUUUCAUUUAUGAAUCUGUCAUAACUAUAUAUUCGUUUAUUUUGUUGAGUUCUUAAAUAUGUACAUUGACAAUUAACUUGUAAGAGAACAAAUAACCUUGACCUCCUGUUUAUUGUUAAAUUUAAAGUUAUAUUUGCAGAUGAGUUUUACUAUACCCUACUAAUAGAGACAGGAAUAUAUUGUAAUCAUCUUGACCUUGUGUUAGGUCAACAAAUAUUUUCAUCACAUUUUUCUAAUGUACUACUUAACAGAAUGACUUCAUUUUGGUCAGUAGCUUGACAAUGAUUAUUGAAAGGUGAACGCAUUGUGGAUCCAUUAGAUAACUAUGUCCUAUAUUCAUAUACCUUGAAUUAAGAAUGAGAAUAUGCUGACAAAAAAAACAGCAAUAAAAGAAAUCCAGCAUUACUUUUUUAUUUGAUAUUUAUACACUUACUUAUAAUCUAUAAUCCAAUUUCUAAUUCUAAGACUGAACUAAGAUUGACUUCAAUUUUGUGACAGUUUGAUGUAGACGUUUGCAAAACAUUCACUAUUGGUCUGUGAGAUCAAAUUUGUUUUGUUGUAAAGCUGAAAUGUUAAGAGAAAACUUUUAAUUUCAGUGUUAGAGAAAAAAAAGUGACAUGUAGUGGUCAUUGCAUAAUGACUUGCCUUGGUGUUAAUAGGUGUUUGAGUGAACAAGCUCUCAAAAUGUUGAUUAUUUUCAUUUGUUAAAAUGUCUGUUGAUACAGACAGUUAGUUAUAAACUCUUAUAUUUGAUGAAAGGAACUGCCAAUUCUCCUUUUCAGAAUCUAAUGCAUUCCGGGUAAUAUUUCCAAAAGUUUACACCAAAACAUUGUGAUUGGUUAAGGUCCAUAAACAAUUGAAAUUCAACCAAUGAUGUGAAGUUAUUUUCAUUUUGGGGUACGAACAUUAAAAUUACCCAUAGUCCUUUAAAUUCUGAAACGGCCAAUUGGGAAUUGUCCGUAACAAGAAAACGGCCAAUUUGGAAUGUCCGUACCAAGAAAACGGCCAAUUGGGAAUGUCCGUAACAAGAAAACGGCCAAUUGGGAAUGUCCGUAACAAGAAAAAGACUUUCUAGAUUAAGUCAUGCGCAUUGACAGAACAGAAACAAUGAAAAAUAAAAUAGUACUAUUUAAAUGACAUUGUUAUAAUGCUUAUAUUGUACAGAUGCUUGUUUUGUUAACACACUUGAACUAAUGUAUCAAUAAGUGGAUACUGAGUAUACACCCCAUGAAUUGUACAAUAUAGGCUUUGCCGAGUUUGGGUUGUAAUUAAAUUGUUUUACAUGGAUUGUAAAUUAUUACUUGAAUCAAACUUUAUUUAUUGGGUAAAGUGUUGCAGUUGUAUUGUUUUUCUUGAUGACCUGAGUAUGCACAUUCUGUAUGGAUGCCUUAGUCAAACAUAAGGGUAAAGAAUGAAGAACUAACUAUGCUUGAAAUAUUUGCCACUUUGCUGGCUUAGUUGGCAACAUUGCCAUUGUACUUUACGAUGUAUAAGUUUUACACAAGAAAAAUUGAAAAAUAUGUGAGAAACAAAUUCUCCCUCUGAUUGCUCUCAAGUUACUAUUUUUCUCUACUCUUGAUAGUUAAAUUAAAGAUUUUAGCAUCCUCACUACAGCUGGCAUGUUAAAAAAUUUAAAUUUGAUAAACUUGAAUUGAGAAUAUCGUAUCUUACACAUAAAAUAGAGAAUCUAUUUUUGAUAACCUGCCUUACAUCUUUUUGAACAGUAACUAACAGAGAAUUUGAACAUGAAAUCCUUAGAACUUUCGUUUUUUUCAGUAUUUGAAAUCCAUUUUCUUUUGUUAGAAAUAACAUUUUUUCUUUAUGCUUUACUUUUGUCAAAUUAUAGUAUUUAUCAUUAUUUGUUAGUGUAUGUGUAUUGAAUUGAAUCAUAAUAGGGACAUUGUGUAUACAUUUAAUUGUAAAAACGAUGUCUGCUUUUGUUUGCAUUCUUUUCUAUGUUUGUUGCAUAAUUUAAGCAAUUUUAGAGAUAUUUUUAUUUCCACCAUUCAUCCCACUGUUACAAUUUAUUUUGUAUUUUUAAUUUACAAAUGUUCAGCAUAAUUAUUUGUUUUGUAGAGUUAGCUUAGUCUUGUACUGACAUGUUUAUUCUGUGGAAGCCCUUUUUUUUAAAAAGGGGUUUUUAUAUACAUAGAAGAAAUAAAGUCCCAACUUUUAGGAAGAAAUAUAGUCCCAACCUUUAGAGCUGUAACCAAAGAUCUCAUCAAAGAGAUUAAAACAAGAUCAAAUGUGUUUUCAUCUUUAUUUGAGCUGCAUCGGAAGCAAACCAACCUUAUGUAAAAAAAAAAUUCACAAAUUGACAAAGAUUUUAUUAUAGCUACAUAGACCUAAAUUUUCAUGAUAUUUGUUGCUAAAUUUGAUAUUGUAAAAGUUGACACAAUCUAAUAAAAACUUAAAUUUUGGGAUGCACAAUGGGAAAUAUUGGCUUUUUUGUCAGCUUACCUUUCAAGAUUUUGGAUUAUAACACCAUGCUGCAUAGGGUUGAUUUCUCUCUGACAAGGCUUUAUAAUAAUGAGGGUAUUUUUACAAUUGAGAUUUUUAUUUAUAUUAGGGUAUAAUUUCCUUUUUUAGAAGAUUUAUAAAUAAAUGUUGAAUAGCAUUCUGCUUUAUUUAUCACAUCCUAUAACAUGUCCCUUAAAUUUUAUUUUAAAAAAACUCUCGUUAAAAUUUUCAUUUUCUUCAUCCUAUAAGUUUUGUGCAAGUUACAUAGAAUUCUGAUUUUCCAUUAUAAACUUUUCAUUUAUAUGAAAUUACCAUUGAAACAGCUUUAUAACAGAAUUAACAGGAAAAAAAACCCCAAAUCAUCAAAAGUUGUAGUUCAUUUACAAGAUAAUGUCAACAUAUUUCAUUUUUCAGUUUCAAAAUUUUGAAUAUUUUAACAUGGUUUUUAGGUCCACUGUCUCAAAUCUUAUUUGAUGAUGUCUUGCACUGAAGAAAUUUGAUUGGAUUCACACAUCAUGAAAUUUCUUCAUUAGGAAUUGUAUUUUAAUGAACUGAUACCAUGGGUUCAUCCUCCAAUUAAACUUGAAAUGAUUUCAUUGGUUCAAUAAAUAACUUCAUAAUAUAUCUGAUGUACAUUGUUGUCUAUUGAAAAAUAAAAAAACACAAUAUAAGUUAUGAUGUAGAAGUAGUGUCUUGAAAUCAUUUUCCUGAAAGGGAUCGUGCAAUUUUACUACAGUAUUAUAUACUGUGAGCUACUAAAUCCACUUGUUAGAUUAAGUGAUAGUGUUUUUGUCAUGUUGGUUUAAGUGAAGGUUUUUACUUUUUUGAUAAAGAGUUGUCUCUCUUGUAACAAGGGAAAACAUCACUAAAAAUUCAUUAUUCACCAUCUGAUGUUAACCAAUUAGAAUUGAGCUUUCUCCCAUAAAUCUGGUCAGGCACUGCAUGUGGUAAUAUUUGUCAACAAGGGCCUGUCAUUAAAAAUUUAAUUCGAAGAUUGUAAUUUGUAUAAUCAUUUAAGACUGAAUACCAAGCAGUCAUUGUCUGAUAACAAUUUAAAUAGAAUUUUUUUAAUUUGUGAUUUUGUUCAAACGAUGAUGAAUAGAUAAACUACCAGCCUGUUGGCUUGCCUAUAAGCAUUUCAUUGAAAUCAAAAUUUUGAAUCUCAGGAUUUUUAGAACUAUAACAAUGCAAUGAAAUUACUUGUAUUUGUUAAAUUCCUAUUCACAAGGGAGCUAUAUAAAAGAAAAAUCUACAUCAUUCAGACAACACAUAAAGUCAUAUUUUCUGUUUUUCCUUGCUGGCUGAGAAUUUUGUUUAAGUAUAAGGAUAUGUAUAACAUUGUCAUACACAAAUAUUUCAGGUUAACAUUUAACUUGAUUCAUUUAUCCUGUUACUUUGUGUAGCUAUAUGUGCAGUGCUAAUUUAUUGUUAUUUUGUGUAGCUAAAUGUGCAGUGCUCAUUUAUCCUGUUAUUUUAUGAAGCUUUACGUGCAGUGCUAAUUUAUUGUGUUGCUUUAUGUGCAUUAUAUAUACUCAGCUUUUUCUGUGUCUACUCUUCUGUUUAUUGCUUAGUCAAAAAUUUAAGUUUUUGUCUGUAUUAUUUGUUGUAUCAAGCUAAAUUGAGUUGACUCCCUUGUCUAAAAUCAUUUUUAUUUAUACUGGCCUAUAUUGAUCAAUAUUUAUUACCUUAAAUUGAAAAUAUUGGAGAAUUUUAAACAGUGUUUAAAUAUUCUCAAAUAAUGUUUCUGACUAAUAACAAAAAUGUCUCCAAUAUCCACUCAUUUGUCAUCCUAAACUACAUGAAAUAUUUGCCACUGGAUGUUAAGCAACCAAUCGAUCAAUGCAACUCAUUUGACAGACAGUCUUGGUGGCCAAGUGGUCUAAGUAGUUCAUUUACAGUGAUCCGUAGCCUGUCAACACUGAGGUUGUGAGUUUGAACCCCGCUUGUGAUGAGGUGUGUUCAUCCUGGUCUUAAGGUGGUACAUAACACUUCAGGGAGAUAACUCUGUAAAAAUCAGCUGAACAUUUAAAUCGCCUUCUAUUGUUAAAGAAAUAUUAAGCUUCUCGAUGAUCAAAAUUAGUGUUUGUGUGUGUGUGUCAAACUGCUAUAUAUCCAAUAUAAUUUUUUCCGAUAAAGUGUGUGGUUCAAGUUUUUUGAAAUUUUUGUAUUUUUGUCAAAGGGUCAAAGUUAAUAUUUUGUCAAAAUUUUAUGAUAAUUUAACUAGCCAAAUUAAUUUUAGUUAAGAAGUUUGGGUAUCACCUUAAUUGACUAGGAUUGCUAGUGGUCAAGGUCAUGGUCCUCUUAGAGCACUGUAGCUUCCCCAUCAAUAAAACUGGCCGCCAUGAUAUAGCCAAGUGUGCUGAAAGUGGUGAUAAACACAAACAAUCACAAUCAAUUAUUUGAUAAAUGUCCUGAAACCAGUGUCACCAAUUAAUCAUUUGAUGUGAUAGUUCUGUUGUUUCACAGGCUAUUUGAAAUGACAAAUUAGUUGAUAAUCCACAUCAAAUGGGAAGAACCAGAUCCAGACAUAAAUGAAAGUACUGAGUGCCUGUUUAUGAUCUUAUAAAGCCAUGAAAAUUUAGAUUGUCUUCCAUUGUAACUCUUUUGAGAAUUCAAGGGAGACAAUCUGAAAUAAAAUCUUUUAACAUGUAGUCAUAUAUUUGUAUAAAGCCAUAAGAUAGUAUGAAAAUUUUGUUUUAAUAAUGUUUUGUAGAAUUUUAUUUUUACCUAAUUUAAUCAAAUAGAAGUUCUAUGUAUAAUACCCUUAUAUUACCUCAGUUUGGUGUGCUUUGUUAAAAAAAAAAGUAAUAUAUUGAUGUCUGUUUCUUUAACAUCUGUUAUAAGCUAUGUUUUUGGCGUGAUUGAAAAACUCAAUCCUUUGUAUAAUGAACUAAUGGAAGAUAUAGAUUCUACCUCUUUGAUUAUGUUUUUUUUUUGUUCUCAAGAUACAUUGAGAUAGUCAAUUUUAAAAUUUGAACAUUUAACAAUGGAGACAGGAGGAUUAUUAUAAUGAAUUGGGUAAAAUGGUAGAAUCUUUUUCUUAAAUGAUUAAACAAAAAACUAAUAUUCAAAAUAAACAUGACCAGAAAUCCCAUGACACUAUUUAUGGUUUAUUGGAAAUUUAUCCAACUGGUCAAAAGGGGUUUAAAUGGACAAAGAAUUAGAGAAACUGUGGCAAUUGAAUUGUAUUUGAAUUGACCUUACGUAAUAGUCUAGUGGAUGAUAUCAUUUCCUAAUAAGGGUUGGUUUAUAUUUUUUUUUUCAUUGUCACCAGUUGACACAUUGUCUAUAAUAAAUUGAUUACCAAUAUGUCACCUCACAAGAAAGGCAUGCCUCAAAUAUCUUAACACUUAUCAGUCCAGCCAAUUGACCAGACUCAACAACUUUUCUUAUUUUUUUUUUCUCCAAUUUCUAAAUAAAUAAUUAAAAUUUGUUUUUUGUUGUGUUUGUACAAUUUUUUCUGAUUUAGUUCUAUUUUUUUAGGAGGAAGGGGGGGGGGGGGGAUAUGUAAUACAUUAUCUAUUAUUAUCCUCUAAACACGAAUUAAAAGUCUAAAUCUUCUCUGGUAUACUAUGCCUCGUUUUCUGGAACCUUUAUUUAUAUGCCUGUUUUUUAAAACAAACAAAUUCAGAGAUCUAAUAUUUCCAAAGCUAUAAUUAGCCAAACUCAUUUUUCUACAGAUUGCCACUGGUGGUAUGAUGUGGAAUAGUUUAUAUAACUACAUGAGGAUUUUUUUACUUUAAUCCAGAAAUCCUCAAUCCUCAGUAUGCAGCAACUGAUUUUUUUUUUUUUUUUAUUUUAUCAAAUAUUCUUGUUCAGACUUCGGAUACCAACUUUUAAAAUUUUUUACUUAAAAAAAGUCCCAUUUACAUCUCAGUAUGAUUUAUAUACGAUAAUUUCCAUUCAAACAUUACUCAUAUAUUCUGCAUUAUUCAGGAUACCAACUGUUUGAACUUUUUUAUUAAAGAAAGUCCCAUUUACGUCUUGGUAUGUUUUAUGUCAGAUAAUUUCCAUACAAACAUCAGAUUUAAUUCAUAUAUUCUGCAUAUUAUGUAAGAAUAGAGAUUGUAAGGUUAUUGCAUAAUUCCAUAAAAAUAGACUUGCUAUAUUUAGUGAUGAUGUAAUAUAAUUUCACUGUGAUUGUGUGAUACGGUGUAUAUUUUAGGUCACUGUGAUUAUUGUAAUUUAGAAAUUUGAUUUUAGACAGGUUGCUUUAUGUUAUCAAAUAAAGUUUUAUUAUAUAA